GAGCCCAGCUGAGACCACCAACCGCAGGAGAGAUCGAGAAGCAAGCAAAGGCAGCCUAUCUCCCUCUUCUCUGUUCAAUGCUCUGUUCCACAAAACCAAAUCGCAGAAACUACAAAGGCCCUAGCUUCCUAGGGUUUUGCUUUGAAUGCCCAACACUCUGAGCUCGAAAUGCCUUCGUCUCCCAAGUACGCCUACCCUCGAUCUUCCUCCUCCUACUCUCGUAGAUUGACGGUCCUGCUCCUCUGUUUCCUCAUCGGACUCGCCGGGUUCGUCUUCGGCUUCCUCGCGAUUCCUAGUCGCAGUGCGGCGUACAAAUGCAGAAGUAAGCCGAGGUCGGUGUCCGUGGUUUGGGAGAGGGGCGGCGGUGGCGGUGGUCGGGAUGGAAUGGUGUCCGAUGAGCAUCAGACGAGGCACAAGGUUAUGGGAUUCGUCGGAAUUCAGACUGGGUUCGGAUCGGCGGGACGGCGGCGAUCGUUGCGGCGGACUUGGAUGCCCUCCGAUCAGCAAGGGCUUCAGCGCUUGGAGGAAGCCACAGGCUUGGCUUUCCGAUUUGUUAUUGGUAGAACCCCUGACAAAUCAAAAAUGUCACAGCUCAGAAAGGAGGUGGAAGAAUAUGAUGACUUCAUGCUGUUAGACAUUGAGGAGGAGUACAGUAAGCUUCCUUACAAAACGUUGGCUUUCUUCAAAGCUGCAUAUGCACUUUUUGAUGCUGAGUUUUAUGUUAAAGCUGAUGAUGAUAUAUAUUUGAGGCCAGAUCGCCUUUCACUACUUUUGGCAAAAGAACGUUCACACUCUCAAACUUACCUUGGAUGCAUGAAAAAGGGUCCUGUUUUUACUGACCCCAAGCUCAAAUGGUAUGAACCGCUAUCUUAUUUGCUCGGAAAGGAGUACUUUCUCCAUGCUUAUGGUCCCAUAUAUGCCCUAUCUGCUGAUGUUGUCACAAGCUUGGUUGCUUUAAGAAACGACAGUUUCCGGAUGUUUAGCAAUGAGGAUGUUACAAUUGGUGCUUGGAUGCUUGCGAUGAAUGUCAACCACGAGAACAAUCGACUACUAUGCCAGCCAGAAUGUACUCCAUCAUCUAUCGCUGUUUGGGAUAUUCCCAAGUGUUCAGGGCUUUGUAACCCGGAGAAGAAGUUAUUGGAACUCCAUCAGACAGAAAGCUGCUCAAAGAGUCCAACUCUAGAAUCUGAGGAUUAACAUUCUUGCUACCACUUGCUCAAAUUUUGCUUGAAUAGAGCAGGGAUUUAUUGUUCGCUUGGGUUGGAUCAACACUCAGCUGUAGAUUCAUCAACUUCCAGCCAUCAAGGAGGAAUCUGUACAAGAAUUUCUUACACCUUCCAUCAUUCUCUUUCUAAUUUCAUGUACUUUUUGUAGCAUGAUUUACUACGAUCCUUCUAAUAGAGUAAGAACUAUGUUUUCCAGAUGCAUCGUUGUUUCAGAGUUACAGAUUUAAGGAAUACCAUGAUCUCCCAUGUCAAUGAUCAUCUCCUGUAUGUAUUUCCCUGAUUUUUACUCCAUUAAUCCUGUCUUGGACUU